AUGACGACGCGAUUCAAAAAUGAUUCUUUAUGGAUAGAGACUGACACAGGCAACAGAAUCUCCCGCAAGGCGACCAUCUGCGCACCCGUCAACAUAGUCCUCUCGGGCAACGUAAUUAUAAAGGCCGACGUCAUCAUCCGCGGCGAUCUUAAACGCGCCGGUCCUUCCCCCUCUAUAGCCAUGAAUAUUGGUAAAUACACCAUCCUCGAUGAGGCUUGCGUUGUGCGGCCGGCGUACAAGACAUACAAAGGCACUUUCAGCUACUACCCGAUGAAAAUUGGUGAUUAUACUUCAAUCGGUGCACACUCCGUGUUGGAAGCCGCGGCCGUAGGUUCCUAUGUCGACAUUGGACGCGGGUGUGUGGUGGGUCGUUUCGUCGUUAUCAAGGACUGCGCCAGACUCACUCCAGGCUCCGUUGUCCCUCCUAACACCGUCAUCCCCCCGUACGCCCUCUUCAGCGGGUGUCCCGCCACUCAAAUAGACACACUCCCUGAAAGUACCCUCGACAACGUCCAGCAAGCUACUACGUCGGCGUACAACGACUUUAAGAUGACAUGA